AUGGCUCGGGCAAUUCCCGACGUGCUCAAGGAACCUCCGGAACUUCGUAUUGACUCGGUUGGUAAGCUGAUGGAAGGUUACGUGACGGCAGGCGUGGAGAAUACUGUCAGUUUGGGCGUUAGUGCUUCGGCAUCCACAGGUCUGUCCAACGGGUCUUCAGCAGAAUUCUGCUACUGGGCAGACUACGAUUAUUCGGUUUUCUUGCAAGCCAAUGCUUCCUUCCUUGGUGACCUGGCAUACUGGGGCGAUCGGUAUGAUCUCGCCUCUCCAGAAGAUCCGAUCGUACUUGUUGAGCAAACCUGUUUGGCCUACUCGAGUGACGUGGAUGUGAAAAGAAAGCGGGAUUCCACAGACUCUGCUCUAGUCAAAAACACAACUGGCUCAUCAAUCUUUAGUGGAUGGUGCCAGUGUGCCGACAAAACAACUUCAAUUGGAAACGACACCUUGAGUUGUGAGAAUUCCGAGGGCACCACUUUGACUACCAAGCGUAAUGAUGGCACAAGCACAUAUUGUUACCCCCCACCGGCGCUAUUUUACAAUUCCGACUGGUUCCAAGAUGCUGAAAUCGAGAACCCCAACACUGAUACAAGGGAAGAUACGCCUUAUGUUGAACUCAGGGGUAUUUGCAAAAAUGUCAAGAAAUACCUGGACCGAAACUCAGCAAAAGAACACGUUUCGCCUAACUCCAUGCUCUUGACUUACAAGAAGGACGGUAAUAAUAAUAACCGGAACGAAGCAUGUACCCAAAAGGCCAAAGAAUGCUCCAAGUUGAAGACAUCCCUUUGGCCCUUGAAUGGAGCUUCGCCACAAGCGGAGACGAUGUCCUGUGAUGAACUUCCUUUCCACUCAACAGUAGAGGGCGGCUCUGGCGCUGAGGUGGCAUGUGUUCCGGAGGGACAACAGAGGUAUCAAAGUAAGGUCAACAACCAGGUUUCCAACAUCGUGUAUAAAGUGAGUCAAGUCUCUCGGGCCCGCACAGCUGAGAUCUCGUUUCAGCAAGUCAUGGCCACGCUUACGAGUGGUUGGAUUGAGGGUCGGAUUGAGGACUAUACCACUUCUAAGAAGGAACAUGAUAUCUUUGCCAAUCUUUGCCUUGGAGAAAAUGCGACUUUGGCGAUUGGACAACCACAGCCGGAAGAUCAGAUGAACGAAGCCCGCAGUUGGGUCCUCGGCCGCGGAUUGGGCACGAACCCGACAUCGCCCUAG